UAACUAUUCCACGCCAUAGUUCUUAGAUCUGUGGAGGCAAAGAGAGAGAGAGUCGCCAUGGCCAUGGCGACUAGGGUUUUUCUGCUUCUUUUCUUAGUCUUGAUAUCAUCGCCAAGCCCUAGUAAUUCUCUCUAUGAGGACCAAGUUGGGCUCAUGGACUGGCAUCAACAGUACAUCGGGAAAGUGAAGCACGCCGUGUUCCACACUCAAAAGGCCGGACGGAAACGCGUGGUGGUGUCGACGGAGGAGAACGUCAUCGCAUCUUUGGAUCUCCGGCGCGGGGAUAUUUUUUGGAGGCAUGUGCUCGGGCCCAAUGAUGCGGUAGAUGAAAUUGAUAUCGCCCUUGGCAAAUAUGUCAUUACCCUUUCGUCAGAGGGAAGUAUUUUAAGAGCAUGGAACCUUCCUGAUGGCCAGAUGGUGUGGGAGUCUUUCCUUCAGGGCCCAAAGCCAUCAAAAUCAUUAUUAUCAGUAUCAGCAAAUUUGAAAAUUGACAAGGACAAUGUGAUCUUUGUUUUUGGAAAAGGGUGUCUCCAUGCUGUUUCAAGCAUAGAUGGUGAGGUGCUUUGGAAGAAGGAUUUUGCGGAUGAAAGCUUAGAGGUUCAACAGAUAAUUCACCCUCUUGGAAGUGAUAUGAUAUAUGCUGUAGGAUUUGUGGGUUUGUCUCAGUUGGAUGCAUAUCAAAUUAAUGUUAGGAAUGGUGAAGUGCUGAAGCACCGUAGUGCAGCAUUUCCUGGUGGCUUUUGUGGGGAAGUUUCAUUAGUUUCAAGUGACACACUCGUGGCACUAGAUGCCACUAGGUCCUCUUUAAUAUCAAUUAGUUUUCUGGAUGGAGAAAUCAGCUUACAACAAACACAUAUUUCAAAUCUUGUUGGAGAUUCGUUUGGGAUGGCUGUCAUGUUACCUUCUAAGCUUUCAGGGAUGCUUAUGAUAAAAAUCGAUAACUAUAUGGUAUUUGUGAGAGUAGCAGAUGAGGGCAAACUGGAGGUUGCGGAGAAAAUUAAUGAUGCAGCAGCAGCUGUUAGUGAUGCUCUGGCACUCUCUGAGGGCCAACAAGCUUUUGGAUUAGUUGAACAUGGAGGUAACAAGAUUCAUCUCACAGUCAAGCUUGUUAAUGACUGGAAUGGUGAUCUGCUCAAGGAAAGCAUUAGAAUGGACCACCAAAGGGGCUGUGUGCAUAAAAUUUUCAUAAACAGUUAUAUCCGGACAGACAGGUCUCAUGGGUUUAGGGCCUUGAUUGUCAUGGAGGAUCAUUCACUGUUAUUACUGCAACAAGGUGAGAUUGUCUGGAGUAGGGAGGAUGGGCUUGCCUCAAUUAUAGAUGUAACAGCAUCAGAAUUGCCCGUAGAAAAGGAAGGUGUAUCUGUGGCUAAAGUGGAACACAAUUUAUUUGAGUGGCUGAAGGGACACAUGCUGAAGCUUAAAGGAACUCUGAUGCUUGCAAGCCCUGAGGAUAUGAUAGCCAUACAAGGAAUGAGGUUAAAAAGCUCUGAAAAGAGCAAAAUGACCCGAGACCACAAUGGUUUUAGAAAGUUGCUCAUUGUACUUACUAGAGCAGGGAAGCUUUUUGCCUUGCACACAGGUGACGGACGGGUUGCCUGGUCUGCCUUGUUGCAUUCUCUUCGUAAUUCAGAAGCUUGUGCAUAUCCCACUGGACUUAAUGUGUAUCAGUGGCAAGUUCCCCAUCAUCAUGCGAUGGAUGAAAAUCCAUCUGUUCUUGUAGUUGGCAGGUGUGGACUUGGUUCAGAUGCACCAGGUGUUCUCUCCUUUGUUGACACUUACACAGGGAAGGAACUUGAUUCAUUGUUUCUCACUCAUUCCAUAGAACGAAUUAUUCCCCUUUCAUUCACAGAUUCAAGAGAACAGCGCCUCCAUCUAAUUAUAGAUACUGAUCACCAUGCACAUCUAUACCCGAGAACUCCUGAGGCUAUUGGUAUCUUCCAACAUGAGUUACCCAACAUAUAUUGGUAUUCAGUUGAAGCUGAAAAUGGCAUUAUCAGAGGGCAUGCUUUAAAGAGCAAUUGCAUUCUUCAAGAAGGUGAUGAAUACUGCUUUGACACCAGGGAUUUGUGGUCAAUUGUAUUCCCAUCAGAGUCGGAAAAGAUUCUUGCAACUGUGACAAGAAAAUUGAAUGAGGUGGUUCAUACUCAAGCUAAGGUAAUAACAGAUCAGGAUGUGAUGUACAAGUAUGUAUCGAAAAAUCUUCUUUUUGUAGCCACUGUUGCACCCAAAGCCACUGGUGAAAUUGGAUCAGUUACGCCAGAAGAAUCAUGGUUGGUUGUAUAUCUUAUUGAUACUGUAACCGGCCGUAUAAUAUACCGCAUGACUCAUCAUGGUACACAAGGUCCUGUCCAUGCUGUUUUUAGUGAGAACUGGGUCGUCUACCACUACUUUAAUCUCAGAGCACACAGAUAUGAGAUGUCAGUUGUUGAGAUCUAUGAUCAGUCUCGGGCGGAUAACAAAGAUGUGUGGAAGCUUGUUCUUGGAAAGCAUAAUCUUACUUCACCUGUUUCUUCAUAUUCUCGACCUGAGGUCAUAACGAAAUCACAGUUUUAUUUUUUUACCCAUUCUGUGAAAGCAAUGGCAGUGACAUCAACUGCCAAGGGUAUAACAUCGAAGCAGCUCCUUAUUGGUACAAUUGGCGAUCAGGUUUUGGCACUUGAUAAGCGUUAUCUGGAUCCUCGUCGAACAAUUAAUCCUUCACAAUCUGAGAGAGAAGAAGGAAUCAUUCCUCUGACAGAUUCAUUGCCAAUCAUUCCUCAGUCAUAUGUGACACACAACCUUAAAGUAGAAGGUCUGCGAGGCAUAGUAACAGCACCUGCUAAGCUGGAGUCAACUACCCUUGUCUUUGCUUAUGGAGUGGAUCUGUUCUUCACCCGGAUUGCACCCUCACGGACGUAUGAUUUGCUUACCGAUGAUUUUAGCUAUGCUCUACUUCUAAUUACAAUAGUUGCAUUGGUUGCGGCAAUAUUUGUAACAUGGAUUUUGUCUGAGAGGAAGGAACUGCAAGAGAAGUGGAGGUAACUCAAAUCUCUUCUCUAGUCAAUCUUUCACUGAUACCUUUUUCAUCAGGUUACAUCUUGAUUUUGCUUAGAUGUGGAGGUUCACUCCUAACUUGUAAUUUUACAUAGACUUUGUAGCAUGCCUUCUCUUUAUGUCACUCUUAAUUUUUGUUAUGGAAUAUUUAAAUUUAGUACCCUU